AUGGGCUCGGGCGGCUCCAGACCGGAGCAACAUAUAUUCAAUCCGUAAGCUGAUUGAUACCUACAGGACGGCCAUUGACAAAGUGAUUACUGACUGCAGAACAGCGACGCGCCGGUGAGGUUAAGCCAAUCUGCGAUCAACACCCUACAAAACAGUCCAGAGGUAAGAACACCGCACGAGGCAAGUCUUGCAGAUGCUCACAGAGUGGAACCAGACCGAUUCAACCCGCGCCCAAGAUCUCGAACUCAAGGUCCAGCAGCGCGUCAACGCUGAGCUGAAGCGGAUCCGCGACUCCCAAUCCCACAAACUCGAAUCCAUAACAGCCUCCCUCACAACAAAUUCUCCCCAAGAAGACGCAAAGGCACCCGAAGCUGGUCACAGUCCGCACUCUCUCGCCUACCACCUCAGCUCGCCUUUCUACCACGACCAUUCCGGCGCAAAGCCCGAGACUCCCGCAUCUGCAGAUUCAGGGCGCAGCCACGACAGUGUAGAAAAGGAAAUCAUGGACCUCCGACAGAAGCUGGAGCAGCGGAAAAAGGUCGAGAAGCUUCCCGAGGGAGUCGAAAAAGCUAAGGCGAGCCUGGUACAAUGUCUGCGGACCAACGACCGGAAACCGCUGGAUUGCUGGCAGGAGGUGGAGUCGUUCAAGGCGGAAGUCGGAAAGCUGGAGAAAGCGUUUAUUCAAAAAGCUGGAAGAUAG